AUGUGGAAGAAUGAUAUCCCCCCAACACCACCCCCAAACCUUAAACCCCAACCCCACCCCCUCGAAAUAAAAAAAAAAUCUCAGCAGUCUUCAGGGGACACAAGGAAAGGAGUUGUUGACUCGACUAUAGAUUCCAUUUUCCCCUACCUUUCUGUGUUAUAUAGUCGGGCCUUCUCCUCCUCCUCCUCCUCCUCCUCCUCCUCCUCCUCCUCCUCAUCCUCCUCCUCCUCCCCCCUUCCCCCUCCCCCUCCCCCAUCCCCCUCCUCCCAUUACCCCCCCUCCUACUCCUCCUCCUCCUCCUCUUACUUGUUCCGUAAAUUGAUGAAAAAACGGCGAGAUCGAAAAAGACGUGAAUUACAUCCUGGCAUAGGGCACUGCUGGGGGAUUCUAGGUGUCUUCCUAAAGGGCGCCAGUAUGGGCACAACAAAGAUCAAGUGGGCCAUCGGCAGCCACUUCCUCAAAGCGGGGAGCGCAGUUCAGAGGGAGCAAGGAGAGAAAGGUCAGUCCUCUGUGUCAAGUGCUCAGUCUGGCAAGGCAAAAGCACGUUCCUUAAAAGGAGGCAAGUCACUUCCUAAUGUAGAUAAGUCACCAGUCUGUGAAGAAAAUCUACCCAUAUCUUUAUCAUCUCCCACAAUAUAUGAAGCAUCACAAGUAGAUUCUCUGCUCCAAGAAAAGGGAUUUGACAAAAAUAAAGUAGGGAAGACAAAUCCGAAAUUCUACAUCAAUAAUUCCACCUCAGUCCGAUAUAAUACAGAGGCUUUCAAUAUUCCUUUCGCCAUGGACGAGACGCUGAAUGAUUUAUCCAACUCAUCAUCAACGUUUCCUGGGGAAGGAUGGUAUUGGGUGUGA